GUAACAUUGCGCUUCUAGAAAAACAUAACCUCAUAUUUAUAACCUUCAAUUCUCUCGUUUUCGAGUUAUUUCAACAAAUAGUUAAGUUGCUCGCGAAAUAAUGGCAACUUUAUCACGAUUUGGUCGCUUGUGUAACUUAAGAUAUGCAGCGAGUUUUGCCAGAAGGCAAAGCCCUAUUAUUAAUAAUUUAGGCGUCAACUCUAGUGCAACAAAACAAUUAAGAUGUCUUUCAACUGAAACAGUGAAAGAAGCAAGUAAAGAGGAAUAUCAUUCCAUUAUUUCAAAUAAAGAAAAAGCCACUGGUGAAAGCACCAAACAUGAGUUUCAAGCAGAGACUCGCAUGUUAUUAGAUAUAGUGGCCAAAUCGUUGUAUUCUGAGAAGGAGGUGUUCAUAAGGGAAUUGAUUUCCAAUGCAAGUGAUGCUUUGGAAAAAUUUCGUUACAUUAAUGUGUCAGGUUCAGAGGAAGCUAAAAGUCUUCAAGAUGUUGAUCGUUCCUUAGAAAUUCAUAUAUCUACAGAUAAACAAAACCGACUAUUAAUUAUACAGGAUACUGGAAUUGGUAUGACUAAAGAAGAAUUGACUGCUAAUUUGGGUGUCAUUGCAAAAUCAGGUUCAAAAGCAUUCAUUGAACAAAUUAAUUCCAAAGAAGUUAGUGGAGAUAAUAACAUAAUUGGACAAUUUGGAGUGGGCUUUUACAGUGCCUUUAUGGUAGCAGACAAACUUGAGGUUUACUCUAAAUCUUCCAAAGAAACUCAAGGAUACAAAUGGAGCUCUGAUGGCACUGGGACAUACGAAAUUCAACCGGCAGAAGGCGUCCAAUACGGAACAAAAAUAAUAAUCCACCUUAAAAAUGAUUGCCGCGAAUUUUCCGAUGAGGAAACACUUAAAAGUAUUAUAACAAAAUACAGUAACUUCGUUGGUUGUCCUCUGUUUUUAAAUGGCAAAAAAGCCAAUAUUGUAGCACCUUUAUGGUUAUCUGAACCCAAAUCCAUCACGGCACAACAACACAGUGAAUUUUAUAGAUUCAUAAGUGGAAGUUAUGAUAUUCCCAGAUAUACACUUCAUUACAAAACAGAUGUUCCUUUGUCUAUACGCGCACUUUUGUACUUCCCUGAAGGAAAACCAGGUCUAUUUGAAAUGUCCAGAGAAACAGAAUCAGGUGUAGCUUUAUACACAAAAAAGGUCUUAAUUAAAAGCAGAACAGACAAUAUUUUACCAAAAUGGUUAAGAUUUAUUAAAGGUGUUGUAGACUCAGAAGAUAUACCUUUAAACUUGAGCAGAGAAUUACUCCAAAAUAGCGCCCUUAUUAGAAAACUGCGUGAUGUAUUGACAACCAGAGUACUUAAAUUUUUGUUGGAUCAGCUCAAAAAAAAUCAGGCGGAAUACGAAAAGUUCUAUGUAGACUAUGGACUUUUCCUCAAAGAGGGCAUCAUAACAAAUCACAAUCAAACAGAAAAGGAAGAUGCUGCAAAACUCCUUCUUUUCGAGUCGUCGCACAUGGAAUCCGGCAAAAAAGUUACUCUUACUGAUUACAUUUCUCGUGCCAAAGAAAAUAGAACUAUUUUUUACUUAGCUGCUCCAAGCCGAGCAUUAGCAGAAGCCUCACCCUACUACGAAUCAUUGAAGCACAAAGAGCAAGAAGUCCUUUUCUGUUAUGAACCAUAUGAUGAGCUGGUUCUUAUGCAACUGCAACAGUUCCAGGGCUACAAACUUACAUCAGUUGAAAAGGAUAUGAGGGACGAUAAGGCUGCCAGUGAUCUUACUAAUUUAGGUGACGAUAGUUUAAAAAGAAGUGAAAUAAAUGAACUAUCAGGUUGGAUAAAAAGCAAACUACUGGGAAAGGCAGCAGAUGUAACUGCCACCACAAGAUUGGAGAGUCAUCCAUGUGUGGUGACUGUGGAGGAGAUGGCAGCAGCCAGACAUUUUAUAAGGACACAAAGCCAUCAGUUACCCGAAGACAGAAGAUACGCCAUUUUACAACCCAAGUUGGAAUUAAAUCCAAAGCAUCCCAUUAUUAAGAAAUUGUAUAAACUAACUAAAGAAAAUCCAGAAUUGGCAGAUCUGUUAGCUAAACAAUUGUUCGCAAAUUCAAUGGUUGGAGCAGGUUUGGUGGAUGACCCACGAGUCUUGCUAACAUCCAUGAAUGAUCUUCUAAUUAAGGCAUUAGAAAAACACUAAUUCUACUUUAGUCCAAUUGUCAUUCCUUUUUAUUGUUAUAUAUAUUUUUUUUGAUUAUAUAUUGUAAUUUUAAUAAAAUAUUAAUUUAUAA